AUGCCUUUGUUUGUUGCUGCAAAAGAUUCUCGUGUGAAUAUUACCAGGGAUGGGCGAAUACGAAUUGAACAGGUGAAUGAUGAUGAUCGUGGUAUCUAUGAAUGUACAGCAACAAACGAAUAUGUUGUCAAUGGCCACACCGAAGCACACCAAGUGAUGCUUACAAGGACGUUACGAGUUAAA